AUGGGUGCUAAGGCCUCUAAAUUAACGAAAGAUGAUAUAGCAAGUCUAAAACAAUCAACUUACUUUGAUAGAAGAGAGAUUCAACAAUGGCAUAAAGGUUUUCUAAGAGAUUUUCCAAGUGGUAAGUUGACUCGUGAGGAUUUUGUUAACAUUUACAAGCAAUACUUCCCAUUUGGAUAUCCUGAGGAAUUUGCAAACCACAUAUUUAAUGUUUUCGAUAAAGAUCAUCGUGAGUUUAUAGAUUUCUAUGAAUUCAUUACAAUUUUGAGCAUAACUUCAAGAGGUACACAAGAAGAAAAAUUAGCUUGGGCAUUUAGGUUGUACGAUUUAAAUAAUGACGGCUAUAUAACAUAUGAUGAAAUGUAUACUAUUGUGUCAAGCAUAUAUAAGAUGAUGGGGUCUAUGGUAAAAUUGAGUGAGGAUGAAGCCACUCCUGAACUUAGAGUUAAUAAAAUUUUCAAGAUAAUGGAUAAGGAUGACGACGGUUACAUUACUUUGGAGGAAUUCAGAGAAGGUUCGAAAGUGGACCCAUCAAUUGUAGGUGCUCUAAACUUAUAUAGUGGAUUGGUGUGA